UUCCGACUGAAAUGGAGAGCUUUAGAUUAUUGGCAGUGGUGUGCUUGCUUGUGGCCAGGGUAUCUUCCGCACCCGUAGAUCAAUCAAAACCCCACAAUGAUUUAUUUGCUGGUCUUUUGAGUUUUGCCCAACUCGGAAACCCACCGAAAGAAAGUGACAUUGUAAAGAGACGCAUUUAUGAGGAGAAUCCUGACAGGGCAUUGAAACAAAUCUCAUUACAAUCGUUGAUCAAUGAAAUGGAAGGAAGUAUGUUUGCAUCUGCUUUAAGUGUCCACAAUGUGGCACAUGAUCAGUCUGCCGUAAUUCCAGAAAUUCGCCCAACUGUUGAAAAGAAAGUAGAUGAUCAUGAUGUGAACAAACGGAACUUAGUAACCGAAUCUACACCUAGUGUUGAGACAGCAACAACGACAAUUCCCGUGGAAGGUGAAGAGCGUAGGGUAAUUUUACAAACGACGGAAAGGGUUCCUGAAAUUGCUGGUGUGCCGGCUCAUAUCAUAAUCGAUCGUAUCGCCAUUCAGCCCCAUCAUGGUAAUCGGUUUCCUUUAAUACCCGCCUUUGAAAUAAAACAUACCCGAACGGAAAAUGGUGAAAAAGUACCGGAAAUAACUAAAAUUAGCAUUUCUAAAACGGAAAUUACAUCAGUGCCUAAUACAAAUGCACCAGUUACUGUUACUCCCGCCACAGAAUCAUCUACCACCACCACUACAGAAACAACUACAACCGCCACCACCUCCGUAGAAUCAUCAACUGCAGCCAUAUCCACCACCUCCACUACAGAAUCAACUAAAGUCACACCCACCACUCCCGAAUCAACCACACCAACAGCAGAAAUCAGUCCAACAACUUCUUCGACAAUUGCUGUUGUUGCCAACAAAGAAACUGAAUCGACCACAGCCAAAAAUAUAGAACAGCUCAAAGAAGAGGAGCAGGAACUGAAGGAAAAAGUUGCCGAAAUUGAAGCCGAGCCAAUUAUCCUUUCAGCACGUGUCUAAAA